CAAGGCUUCCUUGAUGUCGCUAAUGUUAUCGGCGUUGUAAUCCGACUUUUGUCGUGAAGCAACGAUUUUGAAAAAAAAAAAUAGCGACAACGGAAGUAUUACCGUUAUCUGUGCAUUAAACUGAACUAGUAAUGUGAAGUGAUGGAAGAACACAUCAAUUGGAUGUCAAAAGCUAUGGUGUAUGCAGAGGAGGCACUAGAAAGAGGCGAGGUCCCUGUAGGCUGUAUUUUUGUCUACGAAGACCAAGAAAUUGCAACAGGAGGCAAUAGGGUCAACGAAACAAAGAAUGCAACUUGUCAUGCAGAAAUUGUUGCUAUUGAAAAAGUUAGAGAGUGGUGUUCUCUACGUAAAAAAGAUCAGCAAGAUGUAUUUCGGGCACUAACACUGUAUGUUACAGUGGAGCCAUGUGUCAUGUGUGCUGGAGCAUUGCGUCAGAUAGGUGUACCUCUUGUAGUUUACGGGUGUAGUAAUGAGAGGUUUGGUGGUUGUGGAUCCGUUCUUAACAUUGCCGCUGAUCAGCUUUCUUCACUGGGACCAAGUUUCGAUGUCAUCAAAGGUGUUUUGGCAGAAGAGGCAGUGCAGUUAUUAAAACAGUUCUAUAAAGGAGAGAACCCUAAUGUACCAGAGGACAAACGCAAGCCCAAACAAAUUAGCAUCUUGAACAAACAGGAAACGAGACUAUAAGAAAAUUUAUGUGUGCAAAAUACAGAAAAAUGUAUUUAAAAAAACAAAUUAAAGCAUGUAACCUCC